AUGGCUAAGGCUACAAGCGCUAAGAAGGUUUCCAAGAAGGAGAUGAAGAAGAAGGAGGAGGCGGCAGCCGCUGCCGCUGCUGCCUCGUCGAGCUCGUCGAGCAGUUCGUCUGAGUCCGAGAGUGGAUCGAGCGACGAGUCCAGCGACGAGUCCAGCGACAGCUCUAGCGACAACAGCUCUUCUUCCAACUCUAGCAGCGACUCUAGCUCCAGCGACAGCAGCGACUCUGAGUCCAGCUCUAGCAGCGACUCUGACAGCUCUGACAGCGAGGAGGAGACCAAGAACAGCACAUCGUCGUCGUCAUCCUCGGAUUCCGAGGCUGAGGAGAAGGAGAAGUCUGCUAGCAGCAAAUCAUCGAGUAGCUCCAGCAGCGAGUCAUCCUCCGACAGCGAGUCGUCUGCGUCCGACAACGAGGGCUCCAAGGAAGAGUCCAAGAAGCGCUCUGCGGAGUCUGAGGACGACGCUGUGGCCAAGAAGCAGAAGACGGACGGUCAGCCCGCUACGAUCUUUGUCGGCAGACUCUCGUGGUCCGUGGACGACGAGUGGCUGAAGACCGAGUUCGACCACAUCGGCGGUGUAGUCGGCGCUCGUGUCAUCUACGAGCGCGGUACCGACAAGUCGCGCGGCUACGGCUACGUCGACUUUGAGGACGUCUCUUACGCAGAGAAGGCCGUCAAGGAAAUGCACGGUAAGGAGAUUGACGGCAGAGCUAUCAACUGUGACAUGUCCACCUCCAAGCCCGCCUCUGCGCCUCGCGAGGACCGUGCCAAGAAGUACGGCGACACCCCAUCGCAGCCUUCUGACACACUUUUCCUCGGCAACUUGUCCUUCAACGCCGACCGCGAUGCGCUCUUCGAGCUUUUCAGCAAGCACGGUAAUGUCAUCAGCGUCCGUAUCCCUACCCACCCAGAGUCUAACCAGCCAAAGGGCUUCGGCUACGUCCAGUACGGCUCCGUCGAGGAGGCCCAGGCCGCUCUCGACGCCUUGCAGGGCGAGUACAUCGACAACAGACCCGUUAGAAUCGACUUCUCGUCUCCUAGACCUCCUCAGCAGGGCGGUGCAACCCGCGGCCGUGGCGGCUUCCGUGGCGGCAGAGGCGGCGGCAGAACCGGAUCUGGCGCCAACAAUGCCCCUCUUGGCAAGCCGCGCCAGUCUGCUGCAUUCAAAGGCACCAAGAAGACGUUCGACUGA